AUGAAGGAGGUGAUGCAGGUCCGCUCUGAGAGCUACAUGAAGCAGCUGGUGGAACAGGCCAACCUGCACUUCAUAGUCACAGGGAAGGUCAAGGAGACCGGCCAGAUCGUCACCGCCAUGAAAGUCGUCACCAUGCACAACCCCAAACUCUCUGUCAAGGUGUCCGGGAUGGCCAAAUUGAGUGAAGAGAUGACGGUGACGGUGGAGUUUACCAACCCCUUCAGCUUCAACCUGGAAGAUGUGUAUGUUCGCAUGGAGGGACCUGGGAUCCUGCCACCCAAGAACAAAUACUACAGUCUGAUCACGGCAGGCUCGUCUUUGACCUGGUCGGAGUAUUUUACCCCGCGGAGGGCCGGUCCCACCAGGGUGAUAGCCAGCCUGGACUGCGCUGCCCUCAGACAGGUGUACGGCCAGGAGUCCAUCACCAUCAAGCCCUGA